UACACACGUAAAGCCCUAUUUGUUGUCUUGAAACGUGUCUUACGGCUGUUGUUGACCGUACGUUUAAGUAGAAAAAUAUUAAUAAGAAUCAAGUUUUGUUGCUUCUGUCGCACGUUCCAGAUAUUGACCCAACUCCCGUGUCGUGUCCUCAGCCCACUAUUUAUUCUCUUUCGUAACAUUUUCUUCUUCUUUGAACUCUUUUUUACUCUCUUUUUCCUUUGUUUCUUACAUUCGAAAGCCGUAAGCAACUUCUUCCUACCAUCUUGGAUGGUCACUUCCAACACCUCAAACGCGCCAAUUCCCCCUCGAAAUAUAUAUAUGGCAUCUCUUCCCAUUCGAAUCAUAUAGCAAAAUAACUUUAACACAAAUACCUAUCGGCUAACAGAGACUCCAUCUGUGUACAACUUCUGUUCCCAAGUUUAGACAAAGAUAUGAUGAGAAGUGGAGAAUUCGAACGCAUUUUUCGCUACUUUGAUGAAAAUUGUGAUGGAAAGAUUUGUGCAAGGGAGCUAAGCAAACGGCUAGGCGUGAUGGUGGGUGAAGAGAUGAUGAUGGAAGAAGCUGAAUUUAUGAUAAAGUCUUUGGAUUCGGAUGGAGAUGGGUUGCUGGAUAUGGAGGAUCUUGUUGGGUUGAUGGAAGCAGUAGGAGAGGAAGAGAAGUUGAGGGAAUUGAGAGAGGCUUUCGGGAUGUAUAUUGACACAGAUGUCUGUGAGUAUAUUACACCCAAAAGCCUCAAGAGAAUGCUUAGCAGACUUGGUGAGUCAAGGUCAAUUGAUGAAUGUAGGGUCAUGAUUAAUCGGUUUGAUCUCAAUGGGGAUGGAGUGCUUAGCUUUCUAGAAUUUAAAGAAAUGAUGCAGUGAUAUGCAUGUAAUUUUUUAUGUAGGAAUUUUAUUCAUUCUUUGUGUCACCGGAUUAUAUAUACAUAUAUGUAUGUUUUUUCAUGUAUUCACUGCAUUAUUUCCCUUUAUAGAAAUUUGAUUCUCUGUAUACCCUUGUAUCUUAUUUAUCGAACUCUUGCCAAGAAAAAAAAAAAACUCUGGAAAACUCUA